AUGUUUGAUUCUACGGCAGAUGAGAUGAACGGCAGCGCUAAAGCAACAUACACGCAGAUCCUCGUGGCCUCCUCCGUGGGGCUGAUCAUAGCAGCCGCGCUGCAUUACCGCAUCAGGAAAGUACGCGACAGGAAGAUCAUACCUCGGAAGAGAAUCUCCGCUGCCGACCAGGUUCUGAGCAUUGAGAAGUUCUCUCACUAUGUAGCCAGGCAGAUGGGAUUCAAAGACAGGAGAGAAUGCCCACAUUUGUGUAAGUUGGCAUCCGAAUACAUUAAAAAAGCUGAGGGAUGCGAAGAGGACAUGUACGCGUUUUUUGCAAACGAUCCUGAUGUUGAUUCUCUCUUCAUCAAACUGGUGGAAGAAUUCGAAAGAUGCAUCCUCAGCUACUUUGCGUUCCACUGGAAACAUACGUCGUUUAUGCUCAGCCAGGCAUGUCGAUCUCAUGCUUCGUUUCAAUCCAACAAGUAUUUCCUAGAAUAACUGUUGAAAAACAUGUAAUGAUUUCAGGUGCUGGGUGCCGAAGAGCCGAAAAAGAAGCUUAAGAACAUCGUCAUGCAAGCAACGAGAGAGCAAAGAGUUGAGAGGGUAACAAAGAAUCUAAAGGUGGCAAGAGUGUUUACCACAUUAGUGGAGGAGAUGAAAGCUAUUGGACUUGUGACAAACGACGAUUCACAGUGCACGAAUGUCAUGGUACCAAUGGCUCUUAGCGACAGAAGUCCGGUCCUCCUCCUCAUGGGUGGUGGGAUGGGGGCCGGGAAGAGUACUGUGCUCAAGGACAUUCUCAAAGAACCGUUCUGGGCUGGAGCAUCUGGGAAUGCAGUUAUCAUCGAGGCUGAUGCCUUCAAAGAGUCGGACGUCAUCUACAAAGCCUUGAGCUCUAGAGGGCACCAUGACUUGCUCCACACUUCUGAACUGGUGCACCAAUCAUCUACAGAUGCAGCAUCAUCCCUGCUAGUAACUGCACUUAAUGAAGGGCGAGAUGUGAUCAUGGAUGGAACUCUUUCGUGGCUGCCAUUCGUCGUUCAAACAAUAAACAUGGCCAGGUCUGUUCACCGUCGUAGAUACCGCAUGGGAGCUGGCUACAGACAAGAUGAUAACGGGGUCGUGACUGAGAACUACUGGGAACAAAUGGAUGAAGAACAAGAACAUGAAGGAAAUACGAAGAGAAGACCAUACAGGGUAGAGUUGGUUGGCGUUGUUUGUGAUUCUUAUUUAGCUGUUAUCCGAGGAAUAAGGCGAGCUAUAAUGUGUAGAAGGGCAGUGAGGGUGAACUCUCAACUGAAAUCACACAAGAGAUUUGCAGAAGCAUUUAUGACAUACUGCAACCUAGUAGACAAUGCUCGACUUUACAGCACUAAUGCGUUAGAAGGCGCUCCUAAGCUGAUAGGAUGGAAAGACAAAGACAAGACUCUGUUGGUCGAUCCGGAUGAGAUAAGUUGUCUGAACGUGGUAUCCAAGCUGAACGAAAAUGCAGAUUCAGUUUUUGAUCUCUACAAGACCUUCCAUCCGGCUUUCGAAGAAGGCUCUGUGUGGAACGACAUAGUUUUGUCUCCUUCAAGGUUGAACAUCCAGAAAGAACUCAAGUACUCUAUUCAGAAAGCUGAGGCAAUGAGAGAGUGA